UGGCCCAGUAGUAAAAGAGCUCACGGCGGGCGGUGCGGAGGACGCUUCCGAUGGCGAGAUGCUGUGCCUUGCCGGCGGUGGCCGGCGCCUCCUUGCCGGCAAGCCAAAUCCAAAUGCUACUUCGGAAGUCCAGCCGCAUGCCAUGACUGUUGGCAUUCGACAACAACAACGCCGCGCGGUGUUGCCCCGCGCGAUUCAAUGCCUACGAGGAAGUUACCGAGUGGUGCUGCCUUCACGCGCACAAGGUGUUCGUGAAAAUGUCGAGAAGCAUCCUCCCCUACCUUGCCUUGUCCUGCCGUGCAAAAUCUUAGCGGAACGAGGAUCGAAUGACACUCAAUCUUUGUCGGCUGAAGCUGUGGCCAAUCGGAGCACGGGUGGGCUCUUUCCCAUGAACAUGGAGAGCUCGUCCCUGUGGAACCGACAAGGGCCCCGCUUUGUCGAGACAGAAGCACUUGGGACUUGGCUGUGUCGUCUUGUGCCGUCGCUUCACAAGUGCCAAGGAUAAAGAAACGUUGCCUGGGUCAGUUGCUAGUAAUUCAAUUCCUGAUGCUAGCUAGAGUGUAAAUCAGCAGCAGGAAAAAGAGAUGGCACUGUUGAAUAGCUUAGGGCAGGCAGCCACGAUUGCACAGCUGUCUGGAUUGGAUGCCUUUGGGCUCACCUCAAUGAUCAUGCAGGCAGUGCACACGAUUCGCCAUAAUAAGAAGGCCUGCAAGCAGCUCGAGCACCGGGUCCAGAUGAUCGCUGACCUGCUGCAGAGCAUGGAGGGCUCAGAGAUGAUGCAGCGUCCAGAGACUAGGAGACCACUCAACGGACUUGAACAUACCCUCCGCUGUGCAUAUGUCCUUGUAAAAUCUUGCCAGAACAGCCGUAAUAUAUACCUCUUUUUCUAUGGCAAGAAGCUAGCUAAUAAGUUCAGAGAGGUUCAGAACAGUAUCGACUUCUACCUCCAACUCUUUCCUAUCCUUAGUCACAUCGACACCACACGUCUUCUUGUACGUAUUCUGAAUGGUGUUCAUCCUCCACACAAUGAGGAUACAGCGAAGUUGAUUAGGUCAUUUACUAGUCAUUCAAAUCCUGAUGCUAGGACUGAAAUGAGCGGUGCAUUUGAAAGAACUCGAGCAGUAACUGAGCCAUUCAAAGUUACUGAGUCCCAAGUAGCAGGCCCUCAAAAUGUUCUUGAAACAUUUCCAACCAGAUCACGGAGAAUCAAGUUUCCAUGGAUGAAAAAAGAUGUUGGGGCCAACAUUAUACAUAGGUGUAUUGUUCCUAAAGUAAGAGGGUUCAAAGAUUUCAGUUUCUUGGAAUUAGUGGAUGCGACAAAUAACUUCUCACCUGGAAGUAAGAUUGGACUAGGUGGCUUUAGCAUUGUAUACAAGGGUUUAUUGCUUGAUGGACGUGAGGUGGCCAUCAAAAGGCGUUUGGAUGUACCCACUAGCCUGGAUUUCCAAGAACUAGAUUUUGACAAUGAGAUUCGAUCUAUCACACAGCUUCAACAUAUGAACAUAGUUAAGCCUCUAGGUUAUUGCUACCAUGGAAGAGAGAAGAUUUUGGUCUAUGAAUACAUGUUGAAUGGAAACUUGGAUUCAUUCAUCUUUGGAAAAACCGGGAAGUCGAUUGACUGGCCAGUGCGCUAUAAAAUAAUUGAAGGUGUAGCUCAGGGAGUCGCCUACCUGCACAAGCAAUGUGGGCUGCAUAUUAUCCACCGCGAUUUGAAACCAAGCAACAUUCUCCUGGAUUCUGAUAUGACUCCUAAGAUUUCUGACUUUGGCUUAUCCAAGAUAUUAAAUCCAGAUGUGGAUGAAGUGCUUGAAGAAAAUGUGUUUGGCACACCUGGUUUUGUCGCCCCUGAAUAUCGAGAAAAGGGUCUUUUCUCAAUGAAGUCUGAUGUCUAUAGCUUUGGGGCCUUGCUUCUCCAGAUUAUUAGUGGAAAGAGAUUCUGUCCGCUUUCAAGUGGACCACGUGAUUACGGGCCUCUGAAUACAUGGGUGUGGGACCUUUGGAAUCGUGGACGAUUGAUUGAGUUUGUCGAUCCCUUGCUCCAGGGUGAAUCUCGAGCGGCUGAGAUAUUGAGAUGCAUUCAGAUAGCCCUGCUCUGCGUGGAGGAGAACCGCGAGGACCGCCCUACCAUGUGGGACGUUGUUCUGAUGCUGAGCUGCGAGGGUGCUGCGCUGCCGUUGCCCAAACAGCCAGCUUACUGCAAGAGAGACGUCACUGCGAUAAUCCCGGGUCAGACAGCGGCAGCCACAAGCAAUGUGCCAGAGCCAGGACCUGAAUCUGAGAGCCUGGCAGGUUGUGUCAUGGGUACCACUCUUUCUCUUCUUCUUCUUGACAGACAGUAGCAGUUGUGCGCCCAGCGUGGAACAGGGAGCUCUCGUGCACACACAUCCUAUUGGUUGCAUUGCUGACAAAUAAUCAUUAUUGUAAAUAAUGUUUUAGCCUAAAUAAAAGGCCUCUGAUUUUAUA